CCCAUUAUGUUGGUUUUGUCAUGACGUGGCUCAAUUAUACACUUGAAUGGAAACUUGUUCUAGACUAAAAAAACAACCUUUCAGCUUGUGGAGAGACCAUAUUAUUCAGGAAAUUUUUCUGAAACAAGUCUAAUUAUAUUUAUUGUCCCUGAUGAUUACAAAAUACAAGGAAAUGUUAUAAAAAUCUUAUUCAAGUUACUCAAGUUCUCAUUUCCCAGUAAAUAUAAUCCUACAAUUUUAAUAUAUUUCCGUUUCAAAAAGUUUUCAAGGAAGUUAACGUGUAUAAAAUUAUAUAUAAGUUGAUACUUUUUUUCAAGAUUAUUGUUGAUUUUUCUAUAUUAUUUCGACAUACAACAUUCAAAAAUGUUUCAAGAACCUGACUACAGAGAAAACUUAUCAUUGAUGUUAUCAGAGGUUUUACAUGACAUUGGUGUCAAUGAAAGAACUGUGAUGGAAAGGAGAAGAGCACGCAUGCUGACAGAGACUAUGUUGAAUAUCAUGUACAGGCUAACUGAUGAAAACUUCACUCGCUAUUCUCUAGGGAGUCUGAGUGAAGGUACAACUACUAUAGGACUUCAAUCAGACAUUGAUAUUCUAGGAUCUUUUAAUGAUUACAAUAUAAUACAAGACUGGUCAGAGUGGGAACAUGGCAAGAUUAACUUCCUCAUGAUACAGGAUGAGAACACUACUCCUGGGUAUUGUUUCUUACAACUACUCAGAGUUGAUGUACCUCUCCCUCUCACUGUCAUUCCUAAUGAACACCAUAUUACUGACAGAAGAGGAAGAAUAUUGCUUAAAAACACAUUCAUAAAUCAUUGUCUUCAAGGUGGUGAGCAGCGGCAUGGACCAUCUAUUGCUUUACAAGGAGAACCUGGAUUUUGUGAUAGAGACAAAGUAUUUGCUAUACGUUGUAAAUCAUGGCCUCAAUCAGCAUCAGGUUGGUUAGAUAGACAGGGUAUUGGCAGAUGGCCAACACAAGAGAUGAGAAGAUAUGCAGCCAGUACUGGGUUUUUUGUUGUUCCAACUGGAAGUAAGGUCAGUGAAUAUCCUGAACUGGAAUGGAGAAUAUCUACAUCAUUAACAGAAAGAUGUCUUAUGACUAAUCUAAAUAUAACACAAAUAAGGUGCUAUGUACUAUUGAAAAUGAUUCUUAAGUCCUUCCUUAAUCCUCAAGAUGAAAUCAACAUAUCAAGUUUCAUGUGUAAAACAGUUCUAUUACAUUGUAUAGAAAACACAGAGUCGGAAAUAUGGAAAGAAAACAAUUUAUAUACAUGUUUAAUAUACUGCUUAUUGGAAUUACACAGUUGUGUACAAAAUGAAUGUUGUUCACAUUUCAUUAUACCGGAAAAUAAUUUGAUGGCAGGGCAAUUUACAGCUGAGACAAAACAUGAACUUUCAAAAAAUAUUUGUGAUUUUAUACAGAAUGAUAGACAACGGUUACUUAGUAUUGAUAUUGAUGAUGUUGGUCAUAGACUUCAAGUUAAACUGAACAGGGUACCACAUGCAAUUAACUAUUUUCCUUCUCUUGAAAUAUAUGAAACUGUUAUGAUGGGGUUAUAUAUAAACAUUGCAACUAGCAUAAGUUAUCAGCAUAUGCAUUUUUUAAAACAUUUACACAAUAAAAACUUUAGAACAAUAAAACAAUAUGUAGGUAAACUAACUACCUUCAAUGAUAAUGGUAAUAGAUUACAUCAUGCUGCUUUCAAACUUCUAGCACCUUUUUCUUUUACCACAUAUGGAUCUAUCCUAGCAUCUUACAGCAUUGGUGAAAAUAAUCAAGUGUCACCUCAAGCAUUGGUUUGGCUAUCAGCUGGUUUAAACUCAGAUGUCUCAUCUAGCAGACUUAAACUGGCUUCAGUGUUUUACAGUACAGGAGAUAUGGAGAAAGCUGAACUAAUUCUGAGGCACACAGAACAACAAUAUUACUCCUAUCCUGUUUUACCUAUCUGUCACUGCCAUCAUAAGUUGACAGUAGCAGUAACAGAAGAAUUCAAGAGAUUAUGUGGUGAGCAAAGUGAGAACUGUAUCAAGCAUAUUACAGCAUUUUGUGUAAGAUUUAUACAGGGAGAGAUCAACUGUGUUCCUCAUGAACUACAGUAUGAAAUGUUCAGAUCUACACAAGAUGACAUGAUACACGGAGAUGAGCAUGAAGACUGGAUGGACUGGGCUGUAGUUGAUUCUCUACCUUUCUUGUAUUUCCUACAAUACAAGAUCUAUCGUCAUCUACAAAGACAUCAAGAUCAACAACAAGCACUUGGUAAACUUAUCAGAACCAUAGAAACAGAUAAAACCCUCAGACAUAGAGAAACAGCUCUAAACAUUUUAGGACAAUGUAUGGAACAAGAAAACAGACCUCAAGUAGCAUUAAAUUGCUACAUGCUUUCUCUUCGACAAAGGGCAAGGAACAAUGUUGCAAACAUCCAUAUAUGUAAGCUCCUUUCUGGCUUACUGGCUAGCCAAUAAACAUAGAUAAAAAAAAAGAAUGUAUGAAGACUUUAGUUUUCAAUGAUAUCAAACAGCUAAAAUGACAAAAUAUAGGCCCGUCGUUACACUUUUUAUCACAUAUUAUUUUGUGAUAAUAAUUACUUAUAAUGACAUUAAACAAGUUAAAUUGAAAGAAUGAUGCCAACUUCAUUGACUUGGAAUAUCUGACUUUACAUUUAAGAGUUAAGAGCAUAUUGUGUAGAGGACCAGUAUUGCUUGUGAAAAUGUAUUUAAAAUUUUGGUUUAUAAGGUGAAGUUUUUUCAAAGCUUUUUUUUUUAUACAGUAGUCAAAACAGUUUUAGCUUCUAUU